AUGCUUCACCUGCUCCCUUCCAUGGCGGCGGCUCACCUCUUCUGCUCCGCACCGGCCGCCUCUCCCGCCGCGAACCCCCGCCCCCUUCCUACCCGUGGCCGUCACGCCCACCGGGCCAUACCAUCGAGAGGCUUCUUCCCCUGCCGCGCGUCGCUCAGCCCCGACGGCGCGCUGGCCAUGCUCGGGCCCCCCAGUCCCAGGACGGCGCCACCGAUGAGAAAGCCGUACCUGCGGGAGCACUCCUGCCUCAUCUUCCCGCCCCCGCGCGGCCGACGCCCGCUGGCGGUCAUCAAGUUCCUCGGCGGCGCCUUCAUCGGCGCCGUCCCCGAGGUCACCUACGGUUACCUGCUGGAGCUCCUGGCGCGGGAGGGCUUUCUGGUCGUGUGCGUGCCGUACAACGUCACCUUCGACCACGAGGCCGCCGCGCGGGAGGUCUUCCAGAGGUUCCAUGCCAGCUACGACGCGCUCCUCGCGUCGGGGCUCCCGGAGGCCGGCCUCAGUGCCCUGGACAUCGCGGAGCUCCCGCUCUACUCUGUUGGCCACAGCAACGGGGCACUGCUUCAGCUGCUGGUGGGAAGCUACUUCUCAGAAAAGAUACCAAAGGCUAAUGCCAUUGUCUCAUUCAACAAUAGGCCGGCUUCGGAGGCUGUGCCUUACUUUGAACAGAUAGGGCCCCUUUUUAGUCAACUGAUGCCUAUGAUGGAGGCCUCGCCUGUUUACUCGGUGGCCAGAAAUGCAUCAGGAGAUGCAUGGAAGGCUCUGUUUGAUUUAGCUGGAGGUUUUUUACGUGAGUAUGAUCAAGAAGCUAUGGUAUCCCUGAGCAAAUUUGUCGAUCAGUUACCAUCGGUAAUGAAUCAGGUUACAGAAGGUGUGUCUGAAUUCAAACCAACACCACCUGAAAACCGUGAAUUCUGCAAGAAUUCCUACAGCGUACCCAAUACAUUAUUGGUCAAAUUCAGCGUAGAUGCUAUUGAUGAUACAGACAUAGUUGAAGACGUCCUGAGACCCCGCGUUGACUCAAUCGGUGGACAAAUAAAGAAGGUCAUACUGUCAGGAACACAUCUAACUCCAUGUAUACAGGAUGUCAAAUGGCAAGUUGGUUCAGAAUACACUCCAGCAGAUGCCAUUGCACAAGGAUUGAAAUCAUUGGCUCUCAAUGAAACAAGAGUCCUCUCAAGAACUAUUGCUGAUUGGUUUACAUCCCUCUAA